AUGGCUUCGUCAUCACCAGCCGUUGAGAAAUCAAACUUCUACGCCGAUACAAAGGCACCAAUCGUGUCACUCACUGCGAAGACUUUCUUCGACCAAUUGACUGAAAAGGAGAAGUUCUAUGCCCAUCACUUCUCGAAGGCUGGCCAUUGGGGCACAAGGGUUGUUUUGAGACAGGUGUCGCACGAGUCUGAAGGCAUCUUUGACCUCAUCUUGGAUGUUCAUAAGUCUCUCAACGGCGACUACUCCAAGAUCGCUGAGGCGUCGAAGAGAGGUUAUUUGGAGUAUGCGUCGCAAUUCCUCGCAAACUUGGGUAACUAUACGUCCUUUGGUGAUAAGAAGUUCAUCCCACGUAUCUCCACAGAGGAGUUUGAACAGAUCAUCAAGGACUCCGGUGCAUCAUUGGAAUUGUUCGAAAAGCUCAAGGAACCUCUGUUCUCCAUCGAUAAGAAGUCUGCUCUGCUAGGCUUCCCUUCUGAAGGCCAUGUUUCAGGUUAUUACUUUGGCGACGUCUCCAAGGAGAACAUCGACACUAUCAAGAAGAUUCUGGGCGAACGCAAGGUCUACUUUGAGAACUUGAGAAUCAGAAAGAAUUCCGAGACUGAUUAUGACAUCCUCGUUGCCUCGUCUUUAAAGUCAAGCGAUAAGACAUACCCUCCCCAGAUUGAUGCUGAAGGUUAUAAACUCACAAUUAAAUUUGGAGAUCACUCCCGUGAAAUGGCUCAAAUCGCUGCCGAAUUGGAAAAGGCCAAGGAUUACGUUGCAAACGAUAUCGAAACCAAGAUGAUUGAGGCUUACGUCGAGUCCUUCGAAACCGGUUCCAUCGAGGCCCAUAAAGAGUCUCAAAAGUACUGGGUCAAGGAUCUCUCCCCGGUUGUUGAGACCAACGUUGGGUUUAUCGAAACAUAUAGAGAGCCUGGUGGUGUUGCAGGAGAGUGGGAGACUCUGGUGUCAAUUCAAAAUAAGGAGCGUACCAAGAAGUUUCAAGCACUGGUUGAAUCCGCUGGUGAUUUUAUCCAGUUGUUACCAUGGUCAAAGGAUUUUGAGAAGGACAAGUUCACGCCUCCAGACUUCACCUCUCUCGAAGUGUUGACUUUUGCUGGCUCUGGUAUCCCAGCAGGUAUUAACAUUCCAAACUAUGAUGACAUUAGGCUCACAGUUGGGUUCAAAAACGUCUCUCUUGGUAACAUUCUCAAUGCGAAAUCUGGGAAGGAACCAAUCACGUUUAUCCAAGAAUCUGAGCAUGAGUUGUUCAACAAGUACCGUAAUGACUCGUUCGAAGUUCAAGUUGGUAUACAUGAACUGCUUGGACAUGGCUCUGGUAAAUUGUUGAGUGAACUUCACGAUGGCACGUUCAACUAUGACCACGAAAAUCCACCUAUUGGACUCGACGGUAAACCAGUUACAACUUACUACAAGAAGGGUGAAACUUGGGGAUCCAAGUUUGGCUCUUUGGCUGGAGCCUAUGAAGAAUGCCGUGCUGAGGUAAUCGCCAUGUAUCUGAUUUCAAACAGAGAUCUGCUCAAGAUCUUUGGUUUCGAAUCACAACAAGACCAGGACAGCAUCAUUUACGCUGGAUUCUUACAAAUGUCUCGUGCAGGAUUAUUGGCUUUGGAGUUUUGGGAUCCAUCUUCAUCCAAAUGGGGCCAACCUCACAUGCAAGCCAGAUUCUCCAUCAUGAAAACUUUCCUCGAAUCAGGAUUAGCAGAGCUGGUUUACACUGAGCCAGACUUCAGCGACUUGUAUGUGAAGGUUCACAAGGACAAGAUUCCAUCCGUUGGUCAUGAAGCUAUCAAGGAUUAUCUCAGACACUUGCACAUAUAUAAAGCCUCUGGUGAUGUUGAAAAGGGUUCAGAGUAUUUCAUUAACAGAUCCACAGUUACGCCAGAGCUCGCAAAACUGAGAGAUGCUGUGUUGAGAGCAAGACUCCCAAGAAAGCAAUUCAUCCAAGCAAACACCUCAAUUGUGGAUGGUAGUGUUAUUCUAAAGGAGUAUGAAGAAUCCGAAGUUGGCUUAAUUCAAAGUUUUGCUGAAAGAGAAGUCUAA